AUAGAAGAGAAAUCUCAAACUCAACCGCAAGUUAACGUAUCCGUCGCAGAUCUGAUUUCCGAACGUGACCAGGCAGUGGAAGAGGUAGCCACCAUUGAAAAAGCUUUCGGAGAUUUACAUCGACGGUUUGAAAAAUCCAAACAAGUGAUCGAAAGCUUCAAACAAAAUGAGGAAGCACUAAAGCACAGUAUAGAGGAAUACAAAAAUUUGCUUCAACGACAGGAGAACAAAUAUUUAGCCCUGAAGAAGCUGGCCGAAGACAAAUUGCUCAAGGCCGCCCAGGAUGCCGAGGCUCAAAGGCAAGAAUUCGAGUCAAACGCCACUCGACUGCAAGCCGCGCUUCGAAUUGCUGAACUGCAAACAAAGAGUUUGGAAACUCAGCUAGCACAAAAGACCCGCGAGAAUGUGGAGUUGACCAAAAUUUGUGACGAAUUGCUGAGCAAGUAUGGUGGUUUGACUUGA